GUAACACGAUUUUGAUUGUGUUGAAAGCCUUUCCUGCUAAUAAGUUAAGAUCAUGUAUGUUUCUUUGUUGUAGUUUACAACUAUUUCAUAUUACAUGCCAGGGGUUCGAUGAUUUGCUCAAAUGAAAGCUUAGAUGGUUUAUGGAAUUAUGCAUGCUAUUUUCGACUCCUUUUGUGUUUAUUUUCCUACUCUUGGUUAUGGUUUGGGUUUUCAGUAGUUGAAAUUUGAAUGCUUGCAGGUUUUUAGCAUUUUUUUUGCAGUUAAAUAUGUUAUGCCCUCUAACAACUGUUGGUGAUUUUAGUGUCACCGGUUUCAUUUGGGAUAAUGGGUAAAUAUACGAGAGCUAAGGGGAUCUUUACUUAGUCUUUUAUGCAAAUUAAGAGAUGCUGAUCCCACACUUGUAUAAGACUAGGUUGAUCCUGACACGACCAAAAGGCGGGGGUCAGGGGGCCGUGCCCUGGACCAAAAUUUAGUUCCUAACGGAGGUUGUGGAUCUAACUUCUCAUAACCUUCCAACUGUCUUUGGUCUUAUCCUUAUCCAUUUGUGGAUGACUCCGAGUAUAAAUACUCAUCUAUACUCGUUUUUUUGGCUCUCAAAUCUGAGGAUUGGAAUAUUCAAUUACCAAUAGUAACAUAAUCUAAUUUCUGUGCCUAAGAAAUUAGAUUGUUCCUUCUUGGAUUAUCGCAUAUUCAGAAUUUCGUGCAACCCAAGGCUAUAGGGUCGAAAUAUCUGAUUUGGAAAGUGAUGUACACGAUCCAAGCAAGAAUCCAAGCAAUUUUGAUUUCAGAAAAUCACCCUAUUGUUCAUCUACUCAACAAUACCCAAAUAACAUCUUCAAUAUACCUGAAUCUACCCAAUUUUACCAAAUACAAAUUUAGUUUCACAAGAAAUGAUGGGCUUAUGUACAUGCAAAAUAGGAGUUUUUAGAUUCUCCUUGGAAAUACCCACAAUGGCAUGCAUUUCACAUAGUUUUGGAGCUUCCAUGAAAUUAAAUCAGCCGCCUGUAACGAGUCAGAGACAGUUUUCAAACAAAAUUUCUCAACUUUUCUUCCUGCAGCCCAGGAACUGGACAUCGCCAAAAUUUUGUGAUUCCCGGAAUUUUCGUCGUUUAAAUCGCUAUCGAUCGUACACCACCAUUUUCAACAGUGUUUCUUCAGACAAUGGCGUUUCUGAAGAAAGAGUUUCUGUAUUAGUCAUCGGCGGUGGAGGAAGAGAACAUUCACUUUGUUACGCCUUGAAGCGGUCUCACUCCUGUGAUGCUGUCUUCUGUGCCCCUGGAAAUGCUGGCAUUUCCAACUCAGGGGAUGCCACCUGUAUUGAAGACCUUGAUAUAUUUGAUAGCUCAGCUGUGAUAGCUUUUUGCCAUAAGUGGGGAGUUGGACUUGUUGUGGUGGGUCCAGAAGCUCCUCUGGUUGCAGGUCUUACAAAUGAUCUUCUGAAGGCUGGCAUACAUGCUUUUGGUCCUUCUUCAGAAGCUGCUGCUUUGGAAGGUUCCAAGAACUUUAUGAAGAGUUUAUGUGAUAAAUAUGGAAUCCCAACUGCUAAGUAUGAAACAUUUACGGACCCAUCAGCUGCAAAGAAGUAUAUCAAGGAACAGGGGGCUCCCAUUGUUGUUAAAGCAGAUGGGCUGGCUGCAGGAAAAGGAGUAAUUGUUGCUAUGACACUGCAGGAAGCAUUUGAAGCUGUGGAUUCGAUCCUUGUUGAGGGAUCAUUUGGCAAGGCAGGUUCUUGUAUCAUUGUGGAGGAGUUCUUGGAAGGUGAAGAGGCAUCAUUUUUCGCUUUUGUUGAUGGUGAGAACGCCCUUCCUUUAGAAUCUGCACAGGACCAUAAACGAGUUGGCGAUGGGGACACUGGUCCAAACACUGGUGGAAUGGGGGCAUACUCACCUGCACCUGUCUUGACACAAGAACUUCAGUCUUUGGUUAUGAGCUCUAUAAUUCUUCCAACAGUAAGAGGGAUGUCGAAAGAGGGCUGCAAGUUUGUUGGGGUUUUGUAUGCUGGACUCAUGAUUGAGAAGAAAUCUGGAUUACCCAAACUAAUCGAGUACAAUGUCCGAUUUGGAGAUCCAGAAUGUCAGGUGCUGAUGGUUCGUUUGGAGUCUGAUCUAGCACAAGUGCUGCUUGCGGCUUGUAGAGGUGAACUAAAUUCUGUGAGCCUGGAUUGGGCCCCUGGUUCAGCCAUGGUAGUGGUCAUGGCCAGCAAUGGCUACCCAGGAAGCUAUGCUAAAGGAAGCAAGAUUCAAAACCUCGAAGAAUCAGAGGUAUCAGCUCCGUGCGUAAAAAUAUUUCACGCAGGCACAGCCCUUGAUGCGGAUGGCAAUUACAUUGCAACGGGCGGGCGGGUUUUGGGCAUCACCGCAAAGGGCAAAGAUCUUGAAGAAGCCAGAGACCGAGCAUACCGAGCUGUUGAAGAAAUCAAAUGGGAUGGAGGGUUUUGUCGAAAUGAUAUCGGUUGGAGAGCACUUCCUUUGAAACAAGAAUCCUCAAAAUGGUGAGGUUUAAGUUUAACAUGUGCAAUUGCAAGUAUUUUGUGUCAUUUCAAGUAAUAUUUAGUUAUGGCUUCAAAUAAGUUGCAGAUUUGACAUUUU